AUGGGCUCCCUCCCGGUGCCGGCCCCGGCGGAAUGCGCCCCCCCGCAGGGGCGCGCCACGGUGUCGGCGUCGGACCUGGCGCCGCUCUUCUCCGCGCAGCGCCGGCACCUGGACCACUUCUUCGACCGCCUCGACAUGUCGCAGGCGGCGGCGUUCGCGCAGGCGCUGCUGGACGCGCCGGGCGCCGUCUUCUUCACGGGCGUCGGCAAGUCGGGCAUCGUGGCGCGCAAGAUCGCGCAGACGCUGGCGUCGCUGGGCUUCGCGCGGGCAGGGUUCCUCGCCCCCGUCGACGCGCUGCACGGCGACAUCGGCGCGCUCUUCCCCGGGGACGUCCUCGUGCUCCUCUCCAAGUCCGGCGCCUCCGACGAGCUGCUCGCGCUCGCGCCCUGCGCGCGCGCCAAGGGCGCCUACCUUAUCUCGCUCACCUCCGCGGCCUCGGGGGCGGACUGCCCGCUCGCCGCGGCCUGCGACCUCAACGUCCACCUGCCGCUGCAGGGGGAGGUCUGCCCCUUCGGUCUCGCGCCCGUCACCUCCACCGCCAUCCAGAUGGUGUUUGGGGACACCGUCAUCGCCGCCAUCAUGGAGGCAAGGCGACUCUCCAGGGACCAGUACGCCUCCAACCAUCCCGCUGGCAAGAUCGGCAAGACCCUCAUCUUCAAGGUUAAGGAUGUUAUGAAGAAACAGAAUGAACUUCCUCUGUGCAAGGAGGGAGAUAUGAUAAUGGAGCAACUCACCGAGCUCACCAGUAAAGGUUGUGGUUGUCUGCUUGUGGUUGAUGAAGAGCAUCAUUUGAUUGGGACCUUCACUGAUGGUGAUCUCCGGCGGACACUGAAGGCAAGCGGGCCAGCUAUCUUUAGUCUCACAGUUGGAGAGAUGUGCAACAGGAAUCCAAGAACAAUCACUGCGGAGGCAAUGGCAGUUGAAGCCAUGGAGAAGAUGGAGUCACCACCUUCACCUGUACAGUUCUUGCCUGUUGUCAACGAGAACAACAUCGUGUGUGGCAUCAUCACAUUGCAUGGAUUGGUCUCUGCUGGAUUGUAG